AGGAGGCCAACUGCACUGAUGGCUUUUAAUUGUUGCUUUUAAGCUCAGGUUUUUGUGGAAAUGUCGGUUGACAAUCCGGUUUCGUUUGAGUCAGGCUGGGAUGAGCGGUUUGCUCUUCUCGAGACCAGUUCUGAAAACAAAUCUCUCAUCGAGGAGAUUCAUAAAAAGCAGAAGGAGCUGAUCCAGCUGAAAAAUAAACUUGAGAAAAAUAAUGACCAAAAACAAUUAACAUCCGAUUUUCUCAGAAAUGCCAAACAAGAGCUGGAAAACACUGUGGCUCUUAUUGGGGCCAAAGAAAGAGAUGAAGAGUUGGAAAAACACCACACAGCCCUUGCAGACAGGGAGAAGGGCCGUUUGGCACAGGAGACAGCAAAACUCAACAAUGAGAUAAAAUCUUUAGCUGAGAGGAAGAGCAUGAAAGAGAACUACAUCUUCAAGACGCAACAGAAGUUGGUGCAGUUCAGAAACCAGAUGAAGUGGGACCAGCAGACGAUGGAUGCUUUUUUGGAGGAGUCUGAACAGAAGGAUGACGAUGCUAUGACCAUAAUAAAGUACGCUCAGCAGGACGAGCAGAGGAUCAAGUCACUCACUCUAACUAUAGAGAAGAAGACACUGGAAGCCAAGGAAAAGCGUAAAGCACUCGACAAGGAAUCAACUGAGGCAACAUCUGCACAGGUUGCUUUGGACAAGACUAUUCAGAAUUUGCAGCAGAUGCACCUUGAAUCCCAUCAGCUUAUCCAUCAAUGGGAAAAUACUAUCAAACAGAGGAAGCAGCGGGAUUCUGAGAUCCAUCACUGCGCACUGCAACUUGCCCAAGCCAACCAGAACAUCAGAGAGAAGAACAGCAUCAUUAAAGAGAAGGCACACUUACUGGGUGCUGUGAGGACCAACAGCAGGGAAACUGAGAGGAAAAAAGCCUUAAGUAUGCAACAGAACACAAAACUCCAGCAAGAAUUCAAGGAACUGGAGAGUAACUGCACCAAGCUGCAGGAUGAGAUGAAGACCUGCAAAGGUGCACUGGACAUGAAAAGUGCUGAUGUGAAGUCUGAGAUGUCCCGCAUAUCCAGCAUGAACCAAGAAAUUGAGGACAACAAUGCUAAGCUCAAGAAGGCCAGGAUGCACAAUGCUGCACUGGAGGAGAAACUGAAAGUGGUGACACAGACAUCACUGACUGAGGAGGAGCGAUCCAACCAGAUGGACCAGGUUCUUGCCGACGAGGAACAGGCCAUCAGUGAGUUGGAUAUCCAGCUGUCUGAGCACAGGGAUGAGCUUUUUAGAUCAAAACAACAUUAUCAGACCCUCAAGACGAAGGAGAAGGAUUGUGUUGCUCAGAUAUCGAGGAAUAACGCUACAUUGUCCGACCUGGAAAGGGAGCUGAGAAAACUGGAACUGCAGCUGUUAGAGCAGCAGCGAACCAUGAACUCUCAGGAGUCCCUCAUCAUUGUAAUGAGAAAUAAGUUGUCAUACCUGAAGGGUGAAGAUAACAGUGAGAAAAAAGAAAUGGUCAAAAAGGAGAUUGCUGAGCUGACCUGCACUCUAGAAGAAGAGAAGAAGACAGCCAAACUGAUUACAGAUGGUCUCAAGGAAUGUGAGGAAAGCGUUCGCUAUUUCAGAAAUGACGUGGAAAAAGCAGAAGCCCAGAAGAGAGAUCUGACCGACAAAGUAGAGGAGCUGCAGUUGAUUUGUAAAAAUGGUGAAAAGGACCUGGUAAAAUUCAGGCUCAGAAAAGAGGACACCAUGGUGGAGCACAACAUCGUGAAGAUGCAGGUCAUGCGUGUGAGAAAUCUGCUGUACAACAAGACGGACAACAUGAUCUCCUUGGAGCAGAAUCAGCUGGAGAUGCAGAAAGCCCUGAAGGAGCGUGAGGAGGAGAUCAGAGCAUUCAAAGAGAUGCUCAUCAAACAGCACAGGACCUGUGAUCAGGAGAAACAGGCACGCAGCGCCGAACUGAAAGAAACACUAUCCAAGAUUGAGACAAUGAAGAAACGCUUAGAGGUGCUGACCUUUACCAUAGCACCACCUAAGGGGGAAGAGGAGAAAUCGCAGGCUUACUUCUUCAUAAAGGCUGUGCAAGAGAAAGAGGAGCUCAAGCGGGAGAGAGACAGUUUGGACGCCACAAUUCAGAAGAUGGAGCUGGACAAUGAAGCGUUGGGAAACACUACUCAGUUGUUCAACAACAGUAACUCAGAACUUCACAAAUCCCUAAAAGAAGCAACAGGGUCAAGAUCAGAACACCAGGAAAAACUGAAGCUGGAGAUGCAGCUGAGGAUGGCUGAAGAGUUGCUGAUGUUCAAGAAUAAACAAGUUGAAGAGCUCCAAGAAAACCUAAAGAAGCUGAACAGUGUCGAAGAGGAUCAGCUACAAGAAGAGCGGAAAGCCACAGAGAUCCUAAACCACACUAAGCUGCUCAUCACUAAACUAAACAGAGAUCUCGCUUCACAGCAACAACAAAUAGACAGAGCCAGGAAACAGAUCUUGAAGUUGACCAACCGGAUUCACUCUGCAGCAAACACGAGAACGGAAACCUCUGAUGAAAAGGACGUCAAGCUGAGGGAAAUAAGAGAAUUCAACAAAAAUCUAAACGCUAUGCUUAAUGAGGCCAUGGAGUGCAAACCUGAACUGAGACCUGUGCUCGAGAUGUAUUUUCUGCAGGUCAACCAGCUUCUUCCAUCUUCUGUUUCCACACCGAUCAGCUCCAAGACAAAUUCUGCCCGCAGCUCCAUCGUUGUCAGGUCUGCUGCAUCAUCAGCUAGCUGCAGGUCUGCUGCAGUCACAGCCAGCAGCAGCUCUAGAACCUCUGCAGCGUGUUCUCCUGUCAUAAAGACUGUGCACCUGGACUUGGAUCUGACUGGGCUCAAAAAAGUUUAAUUUACAAAUCAAUUUGAUCUUGUUUAUUUCUAUUUAAUGAUUCCUUGGUAUUUGAUCUGUAAAACAAAGAAAAUUCAGUUGCGCUAAAGACGCAUGCGGAAAUCUAUAGCCAACUGCAUCCAUAUAAGUGAAAUAGAGGUCAUUUUUAAUGCAUCUAUGAAAAUGUGAAAAAAUAUGUAAGUAACUCUUACAAAUAAUAUAUUAAUAUCAGCUGUGCUCCAUUAAUGCUAUGAAUGCUGUAUAUUAUUUGGCUUUAGCGUAGGCUUAAAUGUUUAAUGUUCAUCCUGUUAGUGUACUGCCACAAUAAAAUGCUCAGUGUUGGUUGAUGAUUCUGCAGAUAUUAAGAUAAAUAAAUAUUAAUAAUUAUAAAAAAAACAA